AUGCCACCCCCACCCAAGAACCCCUUCUUUACCCUCAGUGCUGAAGAGCGGAAGGACAUCCCCCUACCUGAUAGGCAAGAUCAACAAUUCAAGUGUCGUCAGUGCGACCAUUGGAAGAACCCGAUUAGUUUCUCGAACAAAGAGAUCAAAGACUAUCAGUUCAAGAAGUACAACCUCGACAGCAUUAAUGGGGUUACCGCCAGGUUGCGCUGUCGUACUUGCGCUGGUGAGCAGUUUCACGAGCUGCAGUGCGAGGGCCCAUGUGGCAUAUGGAAGUCGCUCGAUAAUUUCAGCAAGGCCCAGCGAACAAGGGGCUCAAAGUGGUGCCAGGAGUGUAUCAUGUGGAAGGAAGCUGCCGAGCCGGGUGUCAUUACUACUGCUGCUCCAGGAACAGAUCUCUCCCCUGAUGAGCUCAACCAGGACAGUGAAUGGAGGGAGGACUACUACUCGGGGUCGGAGGAUGCCAUGGACAGUGACGGUGAGGAUUUGAACAAGAGCUACCCGCCAGGAUCUGAUGUUCAAGCUCUGAGCAGUACCGGAGAGAAGAACAAAUCCACCGCUGGUACUAUGAAUACUCCGGAUCCGUCGACUGUUCCCACGCAAUCGACUUUGACUGGUGCUCC